CGGCUGAUCGAGCGCUUCUACGACCCGCAGCAGGGCGCGCUGCUCCUCGACGGCACCGACUUCCGCGCCCUCGAGCUGCGCUGGCUGCGGCGCCAGAUCGGCUUCGUCGAGCAGGAGCCCAUCCUCUUUGACUGCUCGCUCAUGGAGAACAUCAAGUACGGCCGGCCCGGCGCGUCGGACGAGGCGGCGAUCGCCGCCGCCGAGCGGGCAAACGCAGACGCGUUUAUCCGCAGCCUGCCGGAGGGGUACGCGACUCGGCCGGGCGAGAAGGGCGUGCGCAUCAGCGGGGGGCAGAAGCAGCGGGUCGCCAUCGCGCGCGCCAUCAGCAAGGAGCCGCGGCUGCUGCUGCUCGACGAGGCCACCUCGGCGCUCGACUCGACCAACGAGGCGGUCGUGCAGGCGUCGCUCGAGGCCCUCAUGGAGGGGCGCGCCACCGUCGUCAUCGCCCACCGCCUCUCCACCGUCGUGCGCGCCACCCGGAUCCUCGUCCUGAGCGGAGGCGUCGCCGUCGAGAGCGGGACGCACGCGGAACUCUCGGCCGACGCGGGCUCGGCCUACUCGCGCUUCAUGCGGCACCAGCUAGUGCCGCCGCCGCAGGCCGGCAGGUGUGAGGAGGACGCGGAUGGCUGA